AUGUGGCUCUACCGUGGCGCCCAGUCCGCUGUAUUCUACUACGCCACAUGCACUCCCUGUGCCACCUCCCUCGAUCUCCACAAGCGCAAAAAGGAAGCCGUUCGAUCGCAACGCCAAAAGGAUAAGAUAGAUGGUAUUAUCACGGACCAGCCACGACCGUUAGCACAACCCACUGCGUUUAGUACCAAUCCAGGAUGGGCGGAGGAAAUUGCUCUAGGUCCGGGGCCUCCCGCCAGAAGAGGUGGUCAUCGGACGGCGCACCGUCGAACCGACUCGUGGAACACAGGCGUCUCUGCAGACUCGACGCAGGAUGUGAGCCGCACGGGGGGUUCGUCACACAAAAAGGAUAAAAGCAGUCUAAAGCAUCCGUUGGGCGAUCGGUGGAACCGCAUGCGUUACCAGCGCGAGGAUGAGCCCUUAUGGGGCCAGGAUGUGGAGGUCAAGGGUUCCUCCGUCGGACUGUCUGGUGGCGGCAAGGAAGAUGAUGGCUCCACUAGCAAGUACUAUAUUGCUCGGGUCCCUCCAGUCAAUGAUCUUCAUCCCCCAAUCGUUAGUGGACCCAAGAGCCGCGCUGAGACGCGAUGGAUGCUACAACCUCCACCCAGUGCCCGGGUAAUGGCUGGCAAGGAGCGUGUUGGGGACACUGUCCGCAGCAAUAACAGCAGCGCACAGCGCGCAGACGGUGACAGAAAUGUCAAGAAACCCGUCGAGCCAACCCAGCAACUACCCCCACUAGACACCCAACCGCCCGCAAAGAAUGUUUCUAAACCUUCUCCGCCUCGCAUGGCCCCCGACGGCUGGUAUGACCCGAGAUCCGCAGACAUGGACUCGGAAGGUGAUGACGAGUUCUCGCCGCCGCCAUCCCCCAAGUUGAGAUAUGGACGUGAUGAGGCCAACUUCGUAAUAUCCCCAUCUUUGCGCUCGCGCUCCGAUUCAUGUUCCACCCUAUCAUCGCCUGGUGAUACCGAGGUGGAGUCUCCGCGAAACUCAUUGCAUUCGCCUGGGACACCGACGUCACGGCCGGUCUCCAAAGCAACCCAUGAUAGCGGUAAACAUUUCCCUCCAACGAUCUCACAAGCCCUAUCUACCUUGAAACGUGACAACAACAAGGUUCAAUUGUUGCAUUUGGAAAUCAAUGACUCGCCUGACGAUAUCGGAUUAGGGACUUGUUGGUGCGCCAUUCUCGAUCUCAUACAUCCAAUGCAACAGUCGCGCAGCCUGCCGCAGAGCCCAACUCACACUGAGGAUCAAAGCGAACGGUAUUCUGCAAGUACAGCUCUCCUGGCUCCAGUGCCUGUAGAAGGGGGGGAGGGAUUGCAGCAGACCGCGGGGUUUGUCGAGGAAUCCCUCCUAUCCAUGUGUCAGGAGCAGCUCGCAUUCCGCGGCCCCGACCAUUUCCUGCUCCACUCGCUCUGGCGUUCGGUCUAUAUUGUCUCAUUGACGGAUAUCCGCCUUCUGGAACAGGCUGUGGGCAAGGACGGUGACCUGUCCCCCGCCUCGUCUGGGGUACAUCCCGAGGCAUAUGCUUUUCGGUGGGCGGCCUCGUUGGACGCGCAGCGGGCGAUCCUCCACGGAGUUCUGUUGCUUCGUGGAAUCGAGUCGGUUCCGAUCCGGGCGGUCUCUCCAAUCCAUGUCUCUAGUAGCCUCUACCAUGCGGCGAUGGCCUGGUACUUUUAUUUGCGCUUUUCUCCGCCAAACCGCGCCUAUGCGCAGUUGCGCGCUGAUGAAUUCCGAGAGUUCGUAUGUUUUGGGAUCGACCCGGGGGCAUUGAUGUUGGAGGCCCAUGACUCCAAACAGUCUCGACCGUCGGUUCAAGACUCGACCGUUCUAUCGGGCUUGGUCGAUAUGUUGAAUUGCAUCGGCUUCUGGGGACUAUCGCGGUCUCUGGCAUCUCUUAUUCUGUUUCUGGCUACCGAGUCAACGGUGAACACGGAUCAGCUCUGA